AUGCAGACAGGCUUCCCGAACAUCUGUGGAAGUUUUAACAGCGACAACCAUCUUCGCAAGACAUCUAUUAUCGACUCAGAACUAUUAAGACUAAAUGUCAGUAUAGCGGCUCUUCAAGAAACUCGAUUAGCUGAUGAAGGUUCUUUACGCGAAACCAAUUAUACCUUCUAUUGGAAAGGUAAAGAUGCCACUCAAGUUCGCGAGCACGGAGUGGGCUUUGCUAUAAGAAACGACCUACUAAGUUCUGUUGAAGGACCUAGAGGAAUUUCAGAGCGUAUAAUGAUCCUGCGCAUUAGUACAGAAGGCGGCUUCAUGACCAUUAUCGCUGCAUAUGCUCCAACACUGUCGUCAGCGCUAGAAGCACAGGACCAUUUCUAUACCCAACUCAGUGAAACAGUGCGCGGGGUGCGUUCUGGUGACCGCUUUCUCAUCCUUGGAGACUUCAAUGCUCGCGUUGGACAGGAUAACACUGCGGGGCCUGAGUGUAUCGGUGGACAUGGUGUGGGCAGGCUGAAUGCGAAUGGACAGCGCCUUUUAGAGUUUUGCUCUCAAAAUCAGCUUUGCAUCACUAACACCUACUUUAAAGGCAAAUUUAUGCGAAAAGUCUCAUGGAUGCAUCCCCGGUCAAAGCACUGGCACCAACUAGAUGUUGUGCUUUAUCGGAAAAAGAAUCUUCAAGAUAUCUUACACACACGAACCUUCCACAGUGCUGAUUGCGAAUCCGAUCACUCCCUUGUCAUGUCUUGUGUUCGCUUGAAUCCGAAAAAAAUCCACUGUGCUCGUCCCGUCGGUAAAAAGAAAAUAAGCCCUCCAAGCUCAGGUCACAGUCCCUCUAUGGAAACAUAUGAGAAGCUGGUUUGUGCCGAAAUCGCCACAUGGAGCCCUGAUAUCUCUGCGGACGAAGAGUGGGCGCGGGUAAAACGGCUUCUCACGGUCACCGCAGCUAAGGCCUUUGGAUUCCAAACAAACCUAAAUCAAGACUGUUUGGUUAGCGGCGUAUCGAUUUCAGUGAUGGAACUGGUGUCGUUCGCAAAGGAGGUGCUGCAGAAUGUAGCGGAGCGCGCCGCGAGCUACCGCGUGGGUCAGACGGUGAUCAGAUACUCGGACCGAGCUCUGUGGAUAGUGGAGAAGAGUGCGAGAUGGGCAGUGCCGCCUCCGUUGGACCAAGAAGAAAGGCCGCAACCAGAACUAGUCCGUCCAUUACCAUGGGUAUUUUUCCUUGCCUUACUCGCUAUACUACGUGUGACACGGGAGUCCAUUUCUCUGAUAAAUCUAAUGCGUGGGAAACCUCCUCUUCGAUCUGCUGAUGUGGUUUGUUACAUUCAAAGUAAAAGACGCUAUCUCCGUACAUUAAAGUACCAAGGCAAUCGCAUAAUGCGUGCGAGAAGUGAACCCGCUACCCAUCAAUCCUGGUUCAGCCAAUUGCAGUCUCUGUUCGAAUUUACACUGUGCUUUAGAAGACAACACUACGGAAACAAUAACACGCAGUUAAGCAAUGGCGAUGAAAUAAUGGUAGUAAAACGCAGUAAGCGCGUCCGACAGCAGGUAAACCCGGUGCCAACCACUAGUGAGACCAGCAUGGAGCGUGUCGUAGAGAAGAUCAUGGUCGACAUCGAAGAUUCCGACGAUUGUUCUGAUACUUUAACAAAUGUUACCAACCCAAGAAGCGAAAUAUCCGAUUCCCACACAGAAUCCGACCAAGAUGGCGCCAGGUCGAGUCAUAACCAAACUAACGACACAAACAAAAUAGAACAAAAUAACCGCGAAAUAGAAGUAGCAUACCCUUCCAUAGACAAUAUAGAUAAUGAGACAUCAGAAGAAAUAUUCAAAUUGAGACACGACCUGAUUGUAAAUUCUAAAAGCCAUGAGGCAAAAGAAGAUACGUUUAAUUUUUUAAUUCAUGAAAUUCACACUCAUGGGCAGAGUGAGAACAGUCUCAAAAUAGGAAAUGGACGGCCACCAAAAAAUAUUUCUAUUGAAGAAAGUUUGUCAGACAUCGACCCGCUGCAA